UCUGUGAGGAGAACAAAUCGAGAUACAGUAGUAACCCAGAGUGAGGUGGCAGUCUUAUUCCACAUCGACACUGACUUGCCCUGCAUACAUCCUAUCUGUCUGUCUCUAUAUCGCAGAGCGCACUUGAGGAGUGAAAGAGAAAAGAGGCAAGAUGGCAUCUGGAAGUGGACAAUCCGGGAUCUAGUCUCUUCUGGUUUUUUGGUACCACUGAGCGCAAGGCGUUAAUAACUAAGUUGCUCUUGGUGGUGUUUGGACUUCGCUGCUGUGGAAUAGCAACAAAGGACGGGAGCGCGCAUUCAUGGGAUGCGACUUUGACAGCUCUUCAUUUCUUGUCUUAUAACUUUAUUAACUGGCAGCGGGGGCGACAUUGUGACUGGGGCAGGAGACAAUGGCUGAGGCUCCGCUCCCCGACACACUCCCGGAAUUAGACGUGGUCAUCGACCCAGAUUUCGAGCCUCAAAAGCGGCCCAGAUCUUGCACCUGGCCGCUGCCACGACCAGACUCGAACGCGGUGAAACCAGAAAGCAAUGACACAGAUAUUAUACCUGAGGAGGAGGAUGAUGAAGAGGACAGUGCCACCCCUACGGCCAUCAAUGGUUCUGGAGUGGGGACAGACGACCAGAGCAGCAACAGCCCCGCAGCCGAUGGAGCUCUCUCUUCCCCCGGUCACGAGAGCGGAGGCUCCCCGCUCUCAUCGCACUCCCCGACGGCCUCCUCUGGCGCGCUAACCCCGAGCAGCUUGGCUGCUCAGCAGACCCCGAGGAAAGCAUCAUCUCGCCGUAAUGCUUGGGGGAAUCUCUCCUACGCCGAUCUGAUAACCAAAGCCAUUGAGAGCGCGCCGGACAAGAGACUGACACUGUCCCAAAUUUAUGACUGGAUGGUCAGAUCCAUCCCCUACUUCAAAGACAAAGGCGAGAGCAACAGCUCAGCAGGAUGGAAGAACUCCAUCCGGCACAACCUUUCCCUCCACAGCCGUUUCAUCCGUGUCCAGAAUGAGGGAACAGGGAAGAGUUCCUGGUGGAUGAUCAAUCCAGAGGGGGGGAAGGGUGGCAAAGCUCCUCGCCGCCGUGCAGUCUCCAUGGACAACAGCAACAAGUACACCAAGUCUGCCCGAGGCCGUGCUGCCAAGAAGAAGGCCGCCCUGCAAGCUGCAGCCGCUGCAGCUGGCGAAGGUGGCGGAGACAGUCCUUCAGGUCUAUCCAAGUGGCCUGGAAGCCCAACGUCACGCAGCAGUGAGGAACUUGAUGCUUGGACAGAUUUCCGUUCUCGCACUAACUCCAAUGCCAGCACGCUGAGUGGCCGCCUCUCACCCAUUCUGGCCAACCCAGAGCUAGACGAGGUGCCUGAUGACGAGCCUCCUCUCUCGCCUAUGCUCUACUCCAGUCCCGGCAGAGCACUAUCUCCUGGCAACACAACAAAUGUGGCCAAUGGGAAGGCCAUGCCAGCUGAGCUGCCCCGUCUUGCAGACCUGGCAGGUACCAUGAACCUAAACGAUGGACUCACAGAUGACCUGAUGGAUGAGUUGCUGGAUAACAUCAAUCUGGUGUCAACCACAUCUGUACAAGCCCCUCCAAAUGGUUCCUCAGGGUUCAGUUUUGUGUCCAAACCCAAUGGGCUUGGAUCACCUUCCUCCACUUCUGCUCCUUCCUCCAACUCUUCCUCCAAUGGUGGAGGAAAUGGCUUUGGUAACUCCAUCUUCGGCCCCCACACAACGGGCUCCUCUCUGCGUCCGUCCCCUAUGCAGACCAUCCAGGAGAACAAGCAGACUUCCUUCUCCAGCAUCAGCAUGUCCCGCUUUGGCAGUCAGACACUACAAGACCUGCUCAAUUCUGACAGCCACAGCCACAGCGAUGUCAUGAUGACCCAAUCUGACCCCCUGAUGUCACAGGCCAGCGCUGCUGCAGUCAUUUCCCAGAACUCCCGCCGUGGCCUCAUGCUCCGUAAUGAUCCAAUAAUGACCUUUGGGACCACUGGAGGACUUCAGAAUAGCCAAGGGGAGAUGCUGCAAAGUAACAACCACAACCAGAGCUCCCUGAGGUCCCUGAACGGAGGCCUGAACUUGGCCAACGAGGCUAACAUGCUGGCUAAUGCCAAGCAGCAACUCCUGCUCUCACCCUUGGGAGGAAAUGGUUCCUCUUCCAUGCAGAUUGACACCUCAAUCUUCCUGAAUGGAACAGUUAGCAGCGGUGGGAUCUGCCCAGACCGUUUUCCUACAGAUCUGGACCUGGACAUGUUUAAUGGCAGUCUGGAGUGUGAUAUGGACUCGAUCAUCAGGAACGAGCUGAUGGACGCAGAUGGCUUGGACUUUAACUUUGACUCUCUGGCCAACAUGAAUGGAGUUGGCAACUUCACAAGCGCCAAGCAGACCUCUCAGAGUUGGGUACCCGGCUGAGAGGGACAGGCCGGGGAGGAGCAAAGCAGGUCCGAACUGUGUAGUGCAACAGAAAAUCAGACACACAACAUCAUUUUUGCCAAACCUGCCAUCAGCACAAAAUACAAACCCUGUGUUUACAGAAGAAGACUUCUCGAGAGCUUUACCUUCGCUCCCACACUGGUGAACCAUGAAAGAUCCGACAGACUCUAGAGAUGCUGCACAUCAGCCCUCAAAGCCUCCUGUGAAACAACAACAAACAGUAAAACCUAUGUCAAACAAUCACAACAAACUCAUAAAUCUUAGAAUUAUGCAAUUUUUUCCGUUGACACCCAGUCUGUUGAUAUCAAGAGACACUGCUUAUCAGAAGACAUUUCAGGCGGAUUACAAGGACUAAAUAUCAAGCAAAGAUGGAAGGAGUGCACGAUGCAGUUGUUAGCGCUGAAGAAUUUAAAAAAGGACACAAGUGUAAAAUGAAAUCAAGAAGUGAUGUGGUGUAAAUCUGAUCCAGUGGUUUCCUGGAAUGUGAUAUGUUUGAAAAAAAAAUUUCCUUCUGUUCUCACUUAGUGAUUUUAAAUGUUCAGUGUUUGUUUUUUGGGGACUUUCUGUUUUCAUUGUUUUUGCAUCUUAUGUGUCAGUACAGAAAGAAAUUGAUGUAGUGGUCAAUGAAAUGGAAUAUCUUGCAUACACACACACACACACAGACAGAACAACAUUUUGCCCUAGUUUGCAAUAUUUAAGAAUUCAAAAACAUGCACUUCCAGUUUUGUUCUUAUAAAUUGCUUGAAUUUUAAAUUAACUGCAUCAUACCGAAGGUUAUAUUACAAUUAGCUGAAUACUACAAAAAUAUUUUUAUCUUUUGUGUAUAUCAAACUGUAAAAAAAAAAAAAGAAAUGAAAAAAGAUUUGAGGAAGAAAAUUUCUGUCAUGGAUAUUUGUGCAGUGCAAGUGGGAAGUUCAAGAAGGAGGGGGAAAGAUCUUUAGGUCUAUCUUUUCUUAGUUUUCUUAACUUUUGGUGAGUUCCGUUGAGGUCGUUUAUCACAGCAUAUGAUGUAGCCAAAUGAAUACCUGUGUCCUAGGGUUGUGAACAUUUCCACACCAUAACAGGUGCUAUGUAAACAGUGUUGAAUCCUGUCCUGAGAGCAAGCCGUGCAUUCUGUGUUUUAAUAUUUUUUGUUUUGUUUUCAACCCGUGACCUGCGGAAGCCCAAAGCUGCAGCCACUCGUAGCACGGCAAGGUCAAAACCUGUAGACGGCAGGGGAGCAGGGGGUUUUUAGGCUCGUUCCUCUAGAAGCCAUUUGUUUCUCGAGUAAAACAAUAAGCUAUCUCUGUAUAUUGCCAAAUUACUUGAAACAAACAGCAGGAUAUGCUGGCAGCCAAAUCACAGCACACACGCACAUACAGAUUACACACACACACGUAGAUAGAAAAAUUGAUACCAGGGAUCUGUGUUAAAGGACCAGUGUGUAGAAUUUAGUUCAAUCUAACAGAAUAGGCUUGGCAGAAAUGGAAUAUAAUAUUCAUAAGUAUGUUUAAAUUAGUGUAUAAUUCCAUGAAAAUAAGAAUCACUGUGUUUUCAUUAAGUUACAAUAAGCCCUUUAUAUCUACUAUAGAUACAUACAUCUCCCCUUCCAGGGAGGCCGCCAUGCUGCACCACCAGACAAACCAAACACUCACUCAAGAGAGAACCUUUCCCAUUUUUAAAGUUUGAAGGCCACCAUAGGUUCUCCUACAUGCCUGGAAGGGGAAGGUGAGGGAAAGGGUAUUCAUUUGGUUGAAAUCUGCAACCUCACCACUAAAUCCUACACGCUGGUCCUUUAAGCUCUGCUGUUGUCGUGUCAUGAGCUUGUGGGGAUUGUUAUGCAUAUAUAGAAUCACUCAGGGGGGAAUAGGGAGGCUUCCCGUUUUAGUAACAUCAAGUCACAUUCUAAUAGUAUUUACAAAAAGAAAUAUUUCUUGAUAAAAACAGUAAUGCUUUGUGUUUGUGAACUUGUAACCUGUGAACUUUUGGCCGUCAAGAUGAAGAGGAGGAAGGAAGAUAACGUCAGGAUUAAGGCCUUGAUCUCAUAUAUACGGAUAUUUUUCAUACACAUGAGAACACAAUAACGAAUACAAACGAUCAAACAAGCAUGCCAGGCCAGUAGGUGGUGAUAAAGUCUACAACAAAGUACGUCAAAUACCAGAGAAGAACAUUAGCAUGCAUAAUGAGCUUUUUUCUCUUUGGUGGUAGUAAUUGUUUCAGGCUCACGCUUAUUACACAAGCAACAAUGGGCAUGUGCGAAAUGACAAGUGACAUUGUUUCCCAAACGCUCAAUUUUAAGUGUACAGAGAGACCUGAGUAAAAAAUCUGCACUUUAGCUGUUAAAAAAAUCACUGUUUUAGUGACCUAAAAUGCUGUUUUGCAUGUGGAUGACAGGCCAAAACAUUUUGUACAUUUUGCAAAAUAUCCGUAUUAGUGUGGACAAGGCCUAAGACUUUCACACAGUCUGUUAUUUUUGGUUUCACUGUCAUAGCUUUUUUUCUCUUGUUGUUGGACCCAUGACACACAUACACACAUCCAUCAUGGACACACCUGGUGCUCCUGCAGGUGACAUCCUGUAUCCUGAGUACAUGUUAAUAUGUGUGUGUGUGUGUGUGUGUGUGUGUGUGUGUUUGUGUGUAUGUGUGUAUGUGUGUGUGUCUGCGUGUCUGCGUGUAUGUGUUUAUCUAUGGAGUUUAUUUCUGUUGAAUUAAUCACAUGAGGAUGUGUAAUCCCUCAGUACCCCUGAUGGUGCAUACAGCACAGCCGACUGUAUGCAUGCAUGUAUUUAUGCAUUAUGAAUUGUGUGAAAUGCAUAUAUACUCGCUGUAUGUCCUUAUAUAUACUCAUGUAGUACCUGACCCUUGGAUUUUGUGAUACCUCGGAAGGUAAAGUUGAAGAAAUAAUGAAUAACACCGAGUAGGAGGGAACACUGUAACCAGCGAAUCAAUUGUAAAACCAGAUUUUAAAAUGGUGGAAAGUACCAUUGUUGUAGCAUCUGGAGACCUGGUACCCCUUCUCUGGCUGGGGUAGCAACAUGAAGGGUUUGCCCCCGCUGUGUAUAAUAGUGUACAGAUGUGUGUAUAUCACUUUGAGGCCAAGGCAGAGGAGUGUGUGUGCAUGGUCGGCUAGAAUGAUCUACUGUGCUAUCAGAGGUUUAGUGCAUGACCUAGCUAUAACCCCUCGACCCUUCCAAUGGUGCCGUCCCUCGACAGAAAUUGUAAAACAGAGAGGUAACCUGUGUCUUCAGCACUCAAACACACACUCUGGUUCUAUUUUUAAAAUCAGGGUUUACAGGACUGAACCUGCACCAUCCGCCCAUAUUAAUGGGUUUAUUAUAACGAGUGUGUGUACAACGACAUAGACACAGGGAAAAGCCUCUUGAUGGACGUUCCUCAGCUUCACACUUGUUUUAUUCCAAGUGGAGUAGGUUCACGUCCCGGUGCUGUCAUUGAGCAGUUGACUAUAACUUUGACGUGUUUGAAACGUCAUCUGACAACACGCUGGAAUUUCCUACAUUUUGUCACAUAUAAAAUUUCCAGAUGAUUAUCAUGUUUCUUUUGGCAGGGAGAAUCCUGAGCCAUCACCUGAGCUGCUAAGCAUUUGAGUUUAUUUACACUGACUGCACUAAAUAUUAGAAACUCUUUCUGUGAAGAACACUGACAAGGUGAAUCCAGGGAGUGCUGAAGUCCUUUCUAUUUAAAGAGGGCUUAUUGAUCCCUGAUAAACUGCAAAGGGGAUCACAAUCGCAGGAGGGUGUUCCUAACAUUUUUUAAAGUCAGUGUAAAAUGUGUUGGCUAUUCGGGAAGAUAGUUUACACUUAGUCAUAAUGGAACAAGCCUUCCACACAGCCACUCACUGCUACUGCUUCAUUCAGGCACAGAUUAUAUCUUCUUGUGUCCAACACACACAACUGCAGCACAAUACCUGCAGAUUUAAAGCUAUGAAAAGCAAAAAAAAUAGAAGAGACAUACCACUAGAUACCUUAAUCACCUCUUGGACAGUUUCCUUUUCAUUAUCUUCUCUUGAGCCCUUCCAUCCUUGUUAAGAGGCCCAGGCCAGCUCCCCUCCAUACGCCCUCUGAACUUUGCCCUUUGAACUUUGCCCUUUAUUAAUCUUGCUUCUUCUCGACUUGAUGUUAGUGGGUAUUUUUCCUGUGUAUUCCAUUUUGAAUUGUAAUCUAGUUUGUAUAAGAAAUGGUGCGCAUGUAAAUAAAGCUUGGUGAGGCUCCACAA